AUGGCAGGCGGCGACAUGCUUCCACUCCCGCCGCAUUUCCACCCGCUUCAGGAGCUCUGGCCGUCGCUCUUCACCCCCUCCGCGCUCUCGCUGCCAUCGCAGCAGCUCGCCGAGUCCCUUUUCGACGUCGCAGGCUUCGCCGUCUUCGCGACGCUCUACGCGUUCGCGAUCUCGUUCGUCUUCCCAUGCCCCCCGCAUCAGCCACUCCUGCUAGGAAAAAUGUCUCUGCAAAUGAGAAGAUACAUUAAUUUCGCAGGAGUGAUGGGAGUGCUGUGGCCGCUCGCCCUAAUAGCGUCCGGUUACUACCUGCGAAAGAGCAUCCCUGAAUUCACGUGGGCUCUCUCACUCGUCCUCCCUGACAUGCUGCUGCUCGUCAUCCAGAACAUUCAAGUUCUUCCUCCGCUAGGCCAUCCCCGAAUUCACCUGGGCUCUCUCCCUCGUCCUCUCUGGUAUGCUGCUGCUCGUCAUCCAGCGCACGUUCUCUCUCUCUACAAGUGGCUCACGCACUCUGCUGCUGCCUUCACUCACUUUCUCUCUUCUCCCUUACCCCCUUCUCCUUCCCAUAUCCAACCCCCAACAUAUUCCGCCUGCAGAGCUCUCGUCCCUCCCCUCUACAACGCCCGGCGCAUGUUCUCUCUCUACAAGUGGCUCACUCAUUCCGCUGCUGCUGUGCUCCCUCUCAUCCUUUCAAGCACUGCAAGGGCGGGCAGUGGCAGCGUGUGGCGCCUGGUGUGGCUGGGAGCGCUGGUAGCAUGUGCAGGUGCGUUGGCUGUGCUGCGAUGGGUGUUCACUUGUGUGUUUAUGGUACUGGGAGCAAGCACUGAAAGGGUAGGCAAGUGCAGCGUGUGGCACCUGGUGUGGCUGGGAGCGCUGGUAGCGUGUGCAGGUGCGUUGCCUGUGCUCCGAUGGGUGUUCACUUGUGUGUUUAUGGAACUGGGAGCAAGCACUGCGAGGGCGGGCAGUGGCAGUGUGUGGCGCCUGGUGUGGCUGGGGACGCUGGUAGCGUGUGCAGGUGCGUUAACUGUGGCGGCAGCUGUGAACAAAUUUCUGUGGGGUGGGUGGGCGUACGUGCUCUGCUGCCUGCUUGCCCUGCUGUCUGUGAACUACCUGCUGUGGGCGUACAACAUCUUCUGCUUCCUGCUGCCCACCGUCGUGCCUCGCACCUAUCUGUGUGUCCUGCUUGUGUUUCCCUCUCUCCAAACCCCUCCCCCCACCCUUCUCCCCAUCCGCCCUCCUCUACGCAGCUCUGUGAACUACCUGCUGUGGGCGUACAACAUCUUCUGCUUCCUGCUGCCCACCGUUGUGCCUCACAGACACCUAUCCACUUGCUCCUGUCCCCUCUCCCCCUCACCUCCUCUCCUCCAACUCCCAGCUGUGAAUUACCUGCUGUGGGCGUACAACAUCUUCUGCUUCCUGCUGCCCACCGUCGUGCCUCGCAUCUUCGAGCAGGACAUUACAUCGCGCGCAGCGGCUAGUGGCACAGAUAGAGUGGAAGCAGUGGGUGGUAGCAGCGGUGGUAAAGGAAAGAAAGGUGGAAAGAGUCUCUAG